AUGAACGACCCAUUUUUUUCUGUUUCGUCCAGGCGAAAAUUGACGGCAUCCAAUGCCACUGUGGCCGCCAAGCGGCCGAAUAAUAGCUUUAAAAGCCUUAAGAAUAUGAAGACGUCAAAAAUUAUACAGAAGGUGCAUUCUAAACCGAGCAUCAGCAUAGCUCCUUUUGCCUUACCUAAAGAAGCAUCCUCGUCCUCAUCCUCAUCCUCCGAAGCAAGCGAUGGCGAUUCCCUCUCUCAAGAUGAGAAUCUGGAUGAUGCGACAAGCCGCAUCAAACUCGCCAAAAAAUAUAUCAAGGAAGAUCUUGACGAAAGCUCAAGAGAUAAUUCAUCCUCAUCUGAACAAUCAGAGGGUGAAAUAGAUGCUCAAGAAAUUGACCGCGAUAUAAUCUCCCAGCGCCUCAUUAAGGACGCCAUUUUCAAGGAAGGAAAAAAGUUUUCCCCCAUCGGAACUUAUAAACGGCUCGCUGGAGGACAGUCCCUGCUGAAUGGGCCGCCCAGUGCGGUUUGCACCCACUCCCCAUCGAGGUCCAUUUUCGGUGCCACUAAAAAAUGCAAGGGCAUCUUUCAGUGGACUCUGACCGAAGACCUAAGAGGCAUAUCAUCAACGAAAUCUUUCACUUGCAAUGCCAAAAAAGCCCUCGGUCUUCAGGCAAUUGCGGUGUCCCCAGAUGGUGAGUUUUUGGUCGGUGGUGGCCUGGAUGCCAUUAUUCACGUUUGGAGUCUUUCUUCGGGCUCAUAUCUUCGAGCUCUUCGCCAUCAUAGAGGCCCGAUCACUGGGCUUUGUUUUCGUUUGGCAACUACAAAUAGCAGCUCUGGGCUUGUUCAAAGCGAUCUUUAUUCCAUCUCAACCGACAGAGCGCUCAAAAUUUGGCAAUUCAGCUAUGAUCCCAACGAGGCCCAGCAAGAUAAAGAAAAGGCAUCAAUAAAUUUGGCCUACGUGGACACCCUAUUUGGACAUCAGGAAUCCCCAGUGGACCUUUGUGUUCUUUCCAAAGAACGCUGCAUGAGUGUUGGGGGCCGAGAUCGCUCGGCUCGCCUUUGGAAGGUCAUGGACUCGACCCAUUUGGUCUUCAAUGCUCCCCUUGAAUCGGGAACAUUGGAUCUUGUUUGCAUGCUGACAGAAUCUGCCUUUGUUGUGGCUAGCGAAAGCCAAGAGCUAUUCCUUUGGAAUAGCUCGAAAAAGAAAUUUUCGUUCUCUGCAAAGCUGGAGCAUCGGCCCUCUUCCUUAGCGGCGCUCCCCCAUUCUGCGAUUUUUGCAAGCGGAGAUGAACGCGCCUCGUUAAAAAUAUGGAAGUGCUCCUCGGAUUUCAGUACUUUCGAGCAAAUUCAAUGCAUUCAAAUUGCAGAGAAUGGCUUUAUAUCCUCCAUUUCUUGGCUGCAUUCGGCCUCAAUCUUUUCGGCAUCAACGGAAAAGGCUUCUUUGAAAGCUCUUUCACGCUGUGCUGUAGCCAUAGCACUUUCCAGAGAACAUAGGCUUGGUCGAUGGAAUGUUGCAUCCUCGCUGCCUUCAUCCUCUCAAGGCGUAUAUGUAGUUGGGUUUUCCAAACAUGGCAUUGCAGAUGAGGCUGAUCUGCAGGUUUCUUCUGCAGAAGAUAGCUCCCUCUCUGCAGACUCUGAAUCCAUUCUGGAUAUGGACAGCAGCAGCGAGGGGCCUGAUCUGAGCAGUGAAGAGGGAGAUUUGGAGGACUAG